AUGGCGUGCGCUGUCGCCGCGGCGGCGUCGUUCGCGCGCGUCGGCGUCGGCGUCGGCGUCGACUCGCGCGCGCGCCCUCGCGCGUCCGCGACCUUUCGGUCGUCCUCUCGCGUCGCGGUCCGCUCGCGCGCGCGCGCCGCGCGCGUCGCCGCCGCCGCGGAGGAGCGCGUGACCGUCAUCGGAGAAGCGCUCUGGGACUCCCUCCCCGCGGGCCUGUUCCUCGGCGGCGCCCCCGCGAACGUGGCGUGCCAUCUCAACGAGCUCGGCCGCCCCGCGACGAUCGUCUCGCGCGUCGGCGACGACGAGCUCGGGCGCGAGGUAUUGCGUCGCCUGACUUCGCGCGGGCUCGACACGUCUUCCAUCCAAGUGGACGACGGCGGCGUCGCGACCGGGUUCGUCGUCGUCACGAUGAAAGGCGCGAUGCCGUCGUACGACAUCGUUCAGCCCUCCGCGUGGGACGCGAUGACCGCGAGCGACGACCUCGUGGCGGCCGCGAGCGGCAACGUCGUCGUGUACGGAUCUUUGGCGCAGAGAGACGCGCGGUCGCGCGAGGCGAUAAAGGCGGCGGCGGCGGCGGCGUCGAGACGCGUCUUCGACGUCAACCUCCGGAAGCCGUUCAUCGACCCGGAGCUGUGCGUCGAGCACGCGACGGGGUGCUGGCUUCUGAAGCUCAACGACGAGGAGCUGCCGGAGAUGGCGGGCUGGUUGGGGAUCGAGUCGUCGGAGUCCUCGGAUGCGUCGGAUUUGGCCGAGAAGGUGCACGCGAAGCUCGGGUGCGAGAUGCUGUGCGUCACGCGCGGCGGCGACGGCGCGGCGAUCGUCUCUAAGACCGAGGGCUUCGUCCAGCACCCCGGGUUCGAGGUCACGCCCGUGGACACCGUCGGCGCGGGGGAUUCUUUCCUCGCGACGUUGCUCGAUCGGUUGCUGUCGGGGGCGGGCGCCGCGGAGGCUUUGGAGCGGGCGUGUCGCGUCGGCGCGUUCGUCGCGACGCAGCAGGGCGCGACGCCGUUCCACGACCAGACCGGGAUCGACGCGCUCAAGAGCAAGUGA